UUCGGUUAUGCUCUGUUCCCAAAAAAAUGAAAAUGGACUCAAAUGAAGGGUGGAUUGUUUGUCGCGUGUGCCUGAAUAAUCAUGCCGACAGCGAGGACAUGCUCCAGGAUAUAUUCAGCCAAAAUGCCAACACACGUCUGGACCAGAUGCUCCACAUCUGCGCAGGGAUUCCAGUCAGUGCCGAUGACAACUUCCCGGACAAGAUGUGCAGUAAAUGUGUGCGCUGCCUGCGCUUGGCCUUCAAGUUCCGCCAGACCUGCCAAAGAUCGCACCAGCACAUCUCGGACAUGCUGGCCAGGCGCGGCGGCGAAGAGAGUGUCUCUAGUGUCGAGGACUUUGCUACAGAAAAUAUCGUCAAGAUAUUGGAGGAACACACAGAUCAACUAGACAUGUCUAACGUCAAGGUAGAGGAUGAGGAGGAGCCACAGGAAGAGACUGUCAGCUUUAUAGUUACGCCGCACGAAGAUGACGUCGGAGGAGAGGGCGAGGGGCUUGAUGCAAUUGUAUACGAUGUCACUGGGGAGGACGACACGGAGACCAGCGUGGUCUACGAAGACGCACAAACUGUGAUCGAGGAUCCGGAAACGUAUACCGAAUACGAGGAAUAUGAACUGUUGACCAACGAAAACGAAUCCACACCCGUGCACAGUACAGACGACCCAGCAGGAAAAUCCCCCAGAACACGCUCCCGCAACGUCUACCCAGUCGAACCGCCGGACGAUGAUAUGGCCGACGAUAUACUCAGCUCGGACGCCCACAGCGACAUGGUCGACGAUAAACCGAAGACAUUGAAUCGAUCGCGUGCGUCGCGGGCUAAACGUUCAGGCAAACUCGGAUUAAUUGCCUUGGACGGGGCUAACUUCGAGAAGAAGCUGGGACGCAAGCCGCGGGACAAGCUCAGCACGUACAUAUGCGAUGUAUGCGGUAAUAUUUAUCCGACCCAGGCCCGUCUCACCGAGCACAUGAAGUUCCACAGUGGCGUCAAGCCGCACGAAUGCGAAAUCUGUGGACGUGGCUUUGUACAGAAUCAACAGUUGGUGAGGCACAUGAACACGCAUACAGGGAAUCGGCCGUACAAGUGCAACUACUGUCCAGCUGCCUUUGCAGAUCGCUCCACCAAGACCAAACAUCACAGAAUUCACACAAAGGAGCGUCCCUAUGAGUGCGAUGUCUGUGCUAGAACUUUCACUUAUUCGGAUAAUUUAAAGUUUCACAAGAUGAUCCACACAGGCGAGAAACCGCAUGUCUGCGAUCUGUGUGGCAAGGGCUUUGUCAAGGCCUACAAAAUGCGCCUCCAUCGGGUGACGCACGAGAAGCGCGGCCCCUGGAAGUCUUUAGAAACGGAUACGGAAAAUACUGCAGAAUCACAUGGCAUUAAAGAUGAAGUUCCCGAGUUUCUCAGUUAGUCAUAGUUUUACA